UAGAGCUAUUAUUUUUAUAUCCGUGUACCAGGUGUACUGUGUAGGCAAAGUCGGAGCGAAUCAUGCUGCAUGGGUUGGACUUACUUACUGGGGAACUGGUUAUUGUCGAAGGACGCGGAAUGGCAGACUCAGUUUAGUGGUCUGGAACUCGCAGUGGUUCAGCUACUUCCAAGUAGUUCGGUUGCAUGCUUCGGCCUGUGCUGCUGCAUUCUCCAUCCCUGCCCUACCUGGCCCUGUCCAGUCUCAACGGUUCCAACGGUCUUGACAGGGAACUCAAUUGGUAACCGUGAACGUGACACGUCUAGCCGCAAUGUCCGCGGGAUCCGAGCUCGUCCCGGAUGAGCCAGGAAACAUGGCGAUCGUCCUGAACUCCACGCUGCAGCAUGGCAAUGAAGAAAAUACUCCUGAAUCGCUGACCUUAGCAUUCAGCCCAAUACUUUCGACAAACAGUCGAGCCCCGGAACCUGGAUGUUCGAUGGAAAAUGAGGAUUGUGCGAAUGUGAAAAUCGCUUCUGUGGACAAUGCUAUGUGUUCGGCUGAAGAUAGUGAUGCAACGGUGUUCAGUGGCGAUGGAGAAACGCAUGGUGAAAGUGACAGUGAGUUCUAUCAGCUGCCAAACUUGGCUAGUAUAUGCCAGAGGCGAGCAGUCCCACUGCCAUCAACCUGUGACACUCCGCUUCCCAGCGCUCUGUCUCAAUCUGAGUACGAUGGUGUGGCGGAGAAGACUGCAGAACCGGCUCAGCUAGGCAGGGACAACAGCAUCUCUGAUGAUCAGAACAUGGAAGGCGGGGUAAGUAACUCCAUGGAAGACGGCGAUAUGUCCGAGGAGUUUCUACCUCAAGUCAACGAGCAGUUACGCUCCACCGCUGCGGCAACUGUGCUAGUCACACGGACAACAAGUACGCACAGCAUGAUACAGGAGUGCUCAACAUCAUCUUCUCAUCAGGACAUACCCGUAGUGGUAGAUCUAAUCGAUGACAGCAGCAGUGGCAGCAAUGCUGUGGAGGUGGAACCAAGACCCAAACGCCAGGCAGCGCAGACAGCAACAUGGCUAAUGGACGCCGCCGUCUUCAGACCCGGUAGUAAUGUCUACUUGUUAGGAAGGGCUGCUGAAUGGAGCAACACUCGAAAACCCACAGCAUCGUCAUCAUCGUCAUCAUCAUUGCAGCCUGGAACAGUUAGCAUGGCAUCGACCAAGAAGGCGGUGGGUCGCAGAGGUCGACCAAGAAGACCAGUUUCAAGUGCACCGCCACUAUCAGCAACAAGUGGGCAAGUUAUGUAUGCUGCUGAGAGUGGUGCGCCUGUGACUAUGCAAGAGUUAUCAGAGAGGGACAGCUACUCUCUGAGUUCCAAGGAAACCCUCGAGAGUCUCCAGGGACGUCUGGCUGAGAUGGAAAGAAUUGUUCUAACACCAAACUUGGGGUUUGGCCAGCUCAGAGCCAUGAACAAGAUGUUUGGAUCACUUCAAGUGGAAAUAGAACAGCAGCGUGUACUCUGCAGGAAGGCCAAGGAAUCAUUCCUGCGCAAGUACAAAGCAAUGCAGGACGCAUCUUGCUGGCACAGAGAGGAGAUUGAGAAGGGUCGUCACCUGAGCUCCAGCAUGCGUCUCCUGUCCAGCUUGGUGUCGCGUUGCAGUGACCUGAGCGAGAUUCUAGCGGAGAGAGGAGCAACCUUUGAGCCAAGUCCUGGACGAGUGGAUACAGCAGCUCUACAGACUCCUACUGCUGCAUUCCCUUUGGUCAGUGAUGCAGAGGCAAGUAGUCACAACACUGAUACUGACCCUAACACGAUGAUUGCCACAAGGCAGGCAAGUGCUACAGGGUCUACAUCAGCCUUUCAUCGGCCGUCACCUCUGUCUAAUAAUUCACCGUCAACAGCACCGGUAGUGGUAGCAGCACCAGCAGCAGUAGCAAUGCCUACCCAAACACAAUCAGCAGUGGCAAGUAUUGUUCAUCCAGUGCCAUUGAGGCAGACAAGUGCUGAGCUCACAUCCAAUGCAAUGCCUGCCAGUGCUGAUGAACUGCCAAUGUCAUCAGUUCCACGCACUGUGGGAAGUGUAUGUGCUAUAACCCAACACAGCACUACGGGUGCCGUGGCAUCGACAUCAACACAAGAUCAGCCAAACGGCAUGGACAAUCCAGGAGUGACAAGCUCCAACGGAGCCGCACCACCAGCAGCACCAGCCACAACAACUACAAUACAUGUGCCACCACCUCUGGCAUCAGCAGCAGCAGUAGUACCACCACCGCCACCGAGAACAACAGCUGCAGUAGUUCCAGCAGCAGCAGUAGUGAGCUUGUUACCCUUGUCACCAGGACAUACUAGAACUGAACCUGCGACUGUGCUUAGCAGUACCACUGUCCAGGAGCAAUCUAGCAUGCCAGCAGUAUCAGCAUUGACCACCACUACAUCCAACAUGGCAUUGCACCACCAGUGGCAGCAGCAGCAGCAAGGAGGCAGAGCAAUAGCAUCAGACCAACGCUUACCCUCCCAACCACACCAGGUUCACACAGAACCUGUGUGCAGCCAGCCAAUAGCUUGUACUGAUGUGGCAUGGUGUAGCAGUGGAACUGUUCAGGUGGCGGCUUCAACCACCCAGGUCCAGCAGGCUGUGCACAGUCAUGUAACACCAGCACUAGGAUCACAGCCGACAGGCACUAGGUCUACUAAUUCAGCUGCGCAACUCCUGACUCAAGCAUCGAUGGGUACGGCGGUAGCUGUGACAUGCCCUAGUCGUCCGCAUACAGCAGUGGCUCGUGCCACAGUUCCUGUGACUUGCAGCAGCAACAGCAGCAUCAGCAACAGCAAUCAGUCCUGUAAAAGUACCACUGCAUCAAGUAUAUCUAUAAGCACCGGUAGCAAUACCAGUGGUAGCACCGCCUCACGAAGACGUGGUGGCCUAACCAAAACAACUGGUGGUAAACCCACAGGAAGAGUGAGACGCAGGAACACUGCAACAACGGUAUCAACAACAACCACAAGAGCAGUACAGGCUGUACUUGCUAUUCCCAGUAAUCCAGUGCAGAGCAUGAUCCAAACCACUAGUAAUGGCACAGGUAGUAUGAGCGUAACGUCGGCCAGCACAGAUGCACCCAUAACUCCAUUGGAUGACUUUGCUCUUCUUAGUCAAUACACUGACACACUGCUACUGCAAGAUGUACCUAACACUAGCGGUGGCCAGUCCGCCCAGAUUGUGCCGGUGACCAUGUCGACCAGUGGAGGAACGCCAAGCUGUGCAGCGACUGCUCCAUUGGCAACUACUGCGACGGCGGCUGUGUCUCGGGUAACAGCGCCCACAGGCAGUGGCCAGCAAGCAAGCAGUGGAAUGACUGGAAGCAGAGCCAGGUUGUCUCAGUUUGCAACACUAAGUGAGAUGAUAGAGGCUGGUGUCAUUCAACCGGGGGAAGAUGUACUUACCAUGACUGUAGACCACAAUGGGCGUCCUGUCAGCUGCACUGAACAGCUAGACUCGCGCAGCGACGUGCGCCAUUUCAAAGCCCAUCUUCAGCAGGAUGGUAGAAUUCAGAGUGCCGGCGGUGAAUGCUUCCACUCUCCACGCCUGUGGGCUUGUGUCUGUCUGGCAUCAAUCAUCCCGGACUUCUUCACAAGGCAAAUAAAAGAUAGCAUUCUGUACUCCAUGGUCUACGCCAGUGGUGUGUUGUUACAAGAGCACAUCGCCAACUACAAUGAGCAAGUUGCUGUUGAUCAACACGGGGAGGUGAACACAGCUGACCGACAUCUAGCUCAUCCAAUCUCAAACACACCCAAGACAACCAGCCAGAGGAAGAACUAUCAAAGAACAGCUUCCGCCAAUGCCAAUGAGACGCCGGCAGCGGUCAUUGACAAGGCCCUGAGUAAUGCACAAGCCAUGGCACAACCACCUUCCGCUACACACAGUUGUGGAACUAAUAGAUGGCCACCAAGUAAGUUGCAUGGCUUCCGAAGACUACUGCCGGACUCAACAGAAUGGCUGUGCACAGUAGAUUGCGAGUGGAGCAGUGUCGGUUUCGUACGGCAGUGUUUUGCUCAACUUACAGAUCCAGCAUUUUGAAAUCUGACCAAUACUGCCAACAGCCAAGGCAACAGCCAACAGCCAAGGAUCUAACAUACGAGCAUAAAGCGGCAUGAAGCACACACACGAAUGUAUGCCCACACGCACACACAUCCACAGCACGCCA